ACAUAUCUUACACUUUAGUACUUUUCUCUAAAUUUUCAUUUUUACUUGCCUCUCUAAGUACUUUCUGUGUGACAAAUCUAUCAUGGUCUUGAGUUAGCAUACAUAAAUAUGUGUGAUCUCUUGUGUCUUGAAUGCAUGCAGGCUUGAGUAGAAACAAACAAGGUCUUUUGGGGAGAGUGAUGUCGGGUUUGGAGGCGACGAUUGGGUGCAAGAAGAGGAAGAGGUCGGGGGAGAGAGUGUACAAGUUUAAGACGUUCGGGGAGCAAGGGUGUCCUGCGGAGUUUAACCAUGGAUGUUUUCGAGAAAAUGUGAGAGCUUUGUUGGAAUUUGGAAACAGUGAGACUGUUUCAUGGGGUGGCAUGGCUAGUUGGUCGUUUCAGCUUCAAGUGCAGAGGAAUCCUCCUUCGCAUAUCUUGCUUUUUGUUAUUGAAGAACCUGUUGAACUCUCACUCAAUACACACUGCAAGCACUGCCUUUAUGUUGGGUGGGGCGAGCACAUAAUAUGCAACAAGAAGUAUCACUUCUUGGUGCCAUCAAAGGACACAUUGGCUGCAUGUUUGAGUUACGAAGGGAACAACAUGAAUAGUUUUGGUGCAGGAACUGAUAGAGUGAAGGGUAAGUUGAGCUUAAUAAUGGAAUUACAAGGACAUAUAUUACAUGGUGUUUUCCAUUCUAAUGGCUUCGGGCAUUUGUUGUGUAUCAAUGGGUUGGAGAUGGGCUCUGAUUUGCCUGGCUACCAAGUUAUGGACUUCUGGGAUCGCUUAUGCACGGCUCUUCAAGCAAGGAAAGUGAGUAUAAAAGACACUUCACAGAAGACAACAAUGGAUCUGAGAUUGCUCUAUGGAAUAGCUUACAGUGAGCCAUGGUUUGCUCGAUGGGGAUACGAAUUUGGACGAGGAAGCUUUGGUGUUACAAAACAAAUGCACCAAAAAGCUAUUGAAGCCAUUCAAACCAUACCACUAUGUGUGCUUGCUCAUCAUGCUACAAGCAAUAAUUCUAAUCAUGAGAUCUCAAUCAUGGUUUCAAAAUAUCAGACAGUUGCAGGUCAUUCCAUGAAGUCGCUAAGCGAUCUAUUUAGGUUCAUUCUAGAGCUCAAAUCUCGGCUUUCUAAAGAAAGCAGCAUUGAUACUUGUAAUCCGGGGAUCUUAGUGGACACGAAUUGCAGAUGGUCAAUCAAACGCGUAGAAAUGGCUAUCAGGGUCAUCAUUGAUUCCCUAAAAAGAGCUGAAUUUCGAUGGAUAUCCAGGCAAGAAGUCCGGGACUCUGCCCGAGCCUAUAUUGGUGACACUGGUCUACUUGAUUUCGUGUUGAAGUCACUGGGAAACCAUAUAGUAGGGAAUUAUCUGGUCAGAAGAUGUCUGAAUCCCGUGACAAAAGUACUGGAAUAUUGCUUGGAGGACAUUUCUAAUGUCAAUUUCUCACAUCAAGAUCAAGAAUUCUCAUCAGAUGAUUCAAUAUCAGUUAAGGCUCGAUACAAGAUUUCCAGGAUUCAACUCUCAAAGGACUUGUUUUACUUAUACAAGCACAUCUUCAAAGAGCAAAACUCAAGUACUAAUUCCGGGAUCACUGCAACAAUUUCACUAGCCUCAAGAAUAAUCCUCGACUCCAAGUACCUCAUCAAAGAAUACUUCAAGAAACUCCCCUACAAGUUCGACACAGGGCUAGGAGACCGAUCCAAACUCUACUGCACAAUAGCCUUAACAAGCCUUUCCGGAGUUGAGCCAAAAAAGGUGGCUGCACCAUACGAAUGCAUUACACUAGGAAACAAUGCCACAUUCCAAGACCUCACUCUAGAAGUCGAAAAAUGCUUCAAAGACAUCUACUGGGGACUCAGAGACUUCGCGGUCCAAACAAUUACCAACAUGAAUGCCUUGAAUGUUCUAAAACGCUCCGAUGAUCUGGUCUUCAGGACUGUGAAAGCUGGCAGUGAGCUCGUGUUCGAAGGCAGCAUUCUUAGCCAUAGAGGGCGAAAUAUGAUCCAAGAUAACAUAUUUGAAGGGAGUUACCAGAACAAAAACUGUGUAGAUUGUGCUUGUGGAGCUAAAGAUGAUGAUGGAGAGCGAAUGGUAUCGUGUGACAUUUGCGAGGUUUGGCAGCACACAAGAUGUGUUCAGAUCCCCAACAAUGAAGCAAUUCCAAGUAUAUUUCUGUGCAGCAGAUGUGAACAAGAUAUAUUAGCUUUACCUUCCAUAUCUUAGUUCUGUUCAUAUAAAAUCUAUCUAGUUUAUCACAUAUAGUUGAUGUUACUAUAAUGUAGCUGGUGAUUGAAUACUUUAUUGUUCAAACGUUGUGUUCACUUGAAUGUAAUGAAACCGGAACGAAUUAAUGAAGUUUUUAUUCAGUGCGA